GUUUUAGUCCAUUUUGAACACUCCGCGAUCUAAAAAAUCUCAUCUGUAGACGAUGUCUGGUUUCUUUGUGUAAUUACAUUAAGUUAUACGGGAAAGUUGAGUGAGAUGGGAGGAAUUUCUCGUCUAGCUGAUGAAUUUAAUUUAAUGGUGAACUAGUUUCAGGAUAAGGACUUUUCCUGCUAAAAUAUUUGCGAAAGCUCAGAGUUCAAAAUAUUAUGCGGUCCCAAUAAAAAAAAAAUUUAAAUAUAGAUAAAUCCCAUAGCUAGAUUAAGUUUAAAAACAGAAGCCUAAUUAUUUGCGUUUUGAACGUAUUAUUUGCUGUAACGUUAAUGAAUAAGAAAUAUCUUCGCUGUAAUCUAAAGAACUGAAUGAAAACAUUACCUUCUUCAAUGAAGAGCUCGUUUAAAUUUGCCGCCAUUUCAAACUGUCGUCUGCUUUGUGAUCCUGUUGCGCAUGCUUAUACAAGCGAAGGGAAGGAAAAAGAUAUUAUCAUACGCAAACUGUGCUAGUCAAAGCAUGAACAAAGGCCGACGUGGACAAGCUCCUAUACGCACUCGUCGUCGUCAGAGCGAUGCAAAAUGGCGUGCAAGUGUUGCCAGUUGUUAUGAAACUUUAAAAUUUGUCAUCCCCAACAAAGAUGCUCUGCCAAAGCGAAAAACGUCUAAGGCCCUGGUACUUCAAGAAACAGAAAAGCACAUCAUAGAACUGGAGAAAGCAAUAUCUCAUAUUCUCAGCAUUGAAGCUCAGGAAAAGGGCGUUGGCGUUCUUUGGCGUAAGGGUCAGCACUGGGCGCCUGCAACUCUCGAUGAUGUCCGCCAGGAUUUCUCUGAAAAGCAGAGACAGAUCUUUAACCAGGCGGUCCAAGGACGGCGUUGCUACAACCUGCUGCAUGAUAUUCAGGAUGAAAUCCUCGGUGUGAGCGCCCGCUCUUCCAGUCUUGCUUACAUUCGUCUCCAGGACAACGAAGACAGGAAGCACACAAAGGACGCUUCUACUUGCACUGGGAAGCGACGGCACAAGGUGUCCAGAAGCCGGUGCCGCCACGAAGCCGAACGCGCGUGCCAAAGGCUUCUCUCGACCCACAAGACGGGCGACAUCGUCAAAGCUAUCAUCCCCACGGACGACAGCAGCAGCAGUCUUCGUCAGCUUCCUCUGUGCUCCAGCUUCAGGGAAAAGUGCACGUGUACCAGGGCAGCGCUGAGUAAUAGACAGGGCGAGGAAGUUAAUCUAGUGAAGGUCGGAAACAUAUUCAUCUCGGCUGGUAAAUCGGACAAACAGUUAGCCCCAGACGAGGCCAAUUUUAAGGAGCAGCAGCAUCACCCCCACCAACAACAGCAGCAUGAACUGACAGUACAAGAGGUACCUGUCUUACUGACGCCGAACAAGCCCUACGGUAUUGCACGAAACGAUGUCAUGAUGUCAGCCGAACACUGCGAGGUUGCUGAUGUCUUUAACUCAACGCUACAUGGCUACUCCACACCCUUGGCAGGCCGAGAGCUUAGCGUUGAAGAACUGGGUGGUUCUCUGUUGCACUCACCCGAACUGUCUAACGUCUGUAAGAAGCUUGACUUUAGCAUGCCACUUUUGGAAAUGCCGGAAACUGGAGGCAACGCAAGUCUUCUUUUCCCUCACCGAUCCACGUUCAUGUCAGCGACCACAACCUUCAUGGAUAUGACGCCAGGCCACGGUAAUGCUGACGUGGCGAGCUAUGGAUGUCUGACGUCUCCUGGAACCGUAAGCGACGGUACCGGAGGCUUCACACCGGUCAAACUGCCUCUGGACGCGUGCGUGCCGGUCAGCCCCCUUCUGUCACCUAACCCUGCUUGGAGCCUCGGGGCCACCAUGGACGCUAGAGUGCCACAGGCGACAACGAAUGACUUCGAUGAGGCUGAUAUCGAGGGGGGCCGGAGUCUCUUGUGUAUGGAGAAUUUUGACCUCGAUGACAUAAACGACAAGAACACUCACAAACAAAGAACGCCAGUAAAACAGUCAGGUGCUCACAAAAGGAAACCACAUCAUGAAUGCCGGUGUAAAAGAAAGAGCACUGCCUAUGAUCCAAAUACCAGGGAGAGUGAAAUUCGUGGCAGACCUCGUCCAAAGUGCCGUAAACGUCUAGAGGAUUUAUAUGCGAGAAGUUCAUGGAAAAAGGAAUCAAAAGAUGCAGUAGUGGAUCCCAUGGAAGCACGAUUUUCAGUCGACUCUUUGUCUCGAUUUUGCGACUUUGAUGGGUACCUGCUCUAUUACCGGCAAGUAGCCCCUGACCUCAAGAAGCGUCUGGGCAGUACACACGACGCUCACGCCGUGGCUGCUAUAGUGUCCGACAUGUGGACCAAGCUGCCUAGCGACGACCGUCACACCAUGGUGACGUUGGCGGCUUUGGAGAACCAGGAUUCCAACUCUUCUGGCAGCGCUAGCCUGUCACAGGAUUUGGAAGAACUUGACAUUAAGCCCCUUAACGAAGGUUUAUACCAGGGGAUUUAAAAAUUUACUAUUGCCAACAGCAAAAAAAAAAAAAGAAAAAAAAACCAAAAAAGCUGUGACUCAGUUGUUUUCCAGUUUUCCACGAUUGAGAGAUAUGAGUAGUAACUUAUCUGACCUAUCCUCACAACUUGGGCCAGCGGUUGUCGGAACAGCGAAGACGAGCCCAAGACGUAGAAAUUGUCAGAUGCUGCACCUACCAAGGUUUAAGAGUGCUUCGGCAUGUUUCAGAGUCAAUUGCUCGUCGUCCCAUUCAUUGCAUAUGGGAAGAACAUUACAUUUGCUUACAUGGAUACACCUUUGUUCGUCAAACCAACAUACCUGUUAAGGAAAUCUGACCUGUCACAGGUGACGGAUUUCAUGUUUUUCUCAGGGUCUACUGUUAGUUCGGUCGACAGCCAAAGUAGGAUCAGAAAACGACCACAGAAUGGUUAUAUUUGUUAUACAAGGCGGAUAAUGCUUGUCUUUGCUACAGGAGGAAAUGAAAAGUCGAGUGCAAAAGAAGGCAUAUGAUAUUCGAGCAGUUAUUUGCAUUUUAAUUCCUUGCAGUAAUAGAGUACGCCAUGACCUUGUAAAUGCCGGUCAGGUAAAAGGUUUAAAAUUACUGUUAGUGAACAAAGUAUACUAUGUUUAUGCAUUAAUCAUGAAUUGAAUUAGGAACGAUGAAAACAGCAAGGAUCUUUGCGUGGUGUCUGGGGGAUUUAUCGGGGUUCUUGAUAGUGUAUAUCUUUCUGGCUAUUAUAUAGACAUAUAUCUCUCAUAGUUUUCAUAAAACUACGCUUGUUUAGUCUGUUAUAAAUUUAACUUCUCGAUUGUUUGAGAGCUUUUAGAAAAUGGUGUGGAUAAAGAUAGUGUUUGAAGAUGACAGUGAUGUUAAAGAAGUUGUUCUUGUUAGAAAGUGCUCACCAUUUAUAAACAAAAGGAAAGUCGAAAUUUAAUAAAUAAUAACAAAAAUCUAAGAUUUAAAAAUAAUAUAGGAAAGUUAAAAUUUAUAAACAAAGGUGAAACAUAGAAUUGUAUCAAGAUCUUGACCGUUUUUGAUGACUUGAUACUUUAUAAUAAAGACAACACAUUGACAUUUUACUGUUGAAGACCAUGGAUAGCACUGAAAUCGUUUGUACCAAAAGUAAUUUAUAAUGGUCCUUCAAUCUCCUUUAAUGUAGCAUUUGUGGCUUAUGUCGUGGAUCUAUUGAUGUUUUAUCAACAAAGAAAUCCCAUUCUCAUCUGAACUUUUACAUUUACCAUAUAACUUCUAUUUUGUUUUUCGCUGUAGAAGCCACAAGCUAUGUGAACGCUGGUAACCACUAAUAGUGAUAUAUUGCACGUAUAAACUGGCUGUUGCGUUUGAAGACAGUUGUAUUUUUCCAGCAGUUGUUGGUUGUUGACCUUUUUUCUAAAAAAACGAAAGUUGACUGGACUGAGGUCUGGGUGCUUUUUACGGUUAGCUUCACCCGAGUCUUGUUCUUUUUUUCCUAGUUAUGCUCUCGCAUACAGAGCCUUGUUCACAGCUUAAUUAUGCUCUCGCAUACAGAGCCUUGUUUACAGACCAGUUAUGCUCUCGCCUACACAAUCUAGUGUUAAUUUAUUGCACUUAGUCACGAUGUCUAGCAUUGUGACUGUUUGUUGUACUUUGUAGUGCAGGCAAGAACACUCAUUUUACCUUCUCUGUUGUUAUAAUACCUGUUUUGGUGUUCUCAAUAAAUUAUUCCUUAUCACUCA